CCGGCGGGUUUCAGUGCCGUAGUUCCUGGUCCUCCCGCAUUCCCAGUUCCGAGGUCCAGCGCCUCCACCCCCCUCUGCAGCCGGCACCAUGCGCGAGAUCGUGCACAUCCAGGCGGGCCAGUGUGGCAACCAGAUCGGUGCCAAGUUUUGGGAGGUCAUCAGUGAUGAGCACGGGAUUGACCCCACUGGCAGUUACCAUGGAGACAGUGACUUGCAGCUGGAGAGAAUCAAUGUGUACUACAAUGAAGCUGCUGGUAACAAGUACGUACCUCGGGCCAUCCUGGUGGAUCUGGAGCCGGGCACAAUGGACUCCGUCAGGUCUGGACCAUUUGGCCAGAUCUUCAGGCCCGACAACUUCGUCUUUGGCCAGAGUGGGGCCGGGAACAACUGGGCAAAGGGCCACUACACGGAAGGGGCUGAACUGGUAGACUCGGUCCUAGACGUGGUGAGGAAGGAGUCAGAAAGCUGUGACUGUCUGCAGGGCUUUCAGCUGACCCACUCGCUGGGGGGUGGCACCGGGUCAGGGAUGGGCACGCUGCUCAUCAGCAAGAUCCGGGAGGAGUACCCAGACCGCAUCAUGAACACCUUCAGCGUGAUGCCCUCGCCUAAGGUGUCCGACACGGUGGUGGAGCCCUACAACGCCACCCUCUCCGUCCACCAGCUGGUGGAAAACACAGACGAGACCUACUGCAUCGACAACGAGGCCCUGUAUGACAUCUGCUUCCGCACCCUGAAACUGACCACCCCCACCUACGGAGACCUCAACCACCUGGUGUCUGCCACCAUGAGCGGGGUCACCACCUGCCUGCGCUUCCCCGGCCAGCUGAACGCAGACCUGCGCAAGCUGGCGGUGAACAUGGUGCCCUUCCCACGCCUGCACUUCUUCAUGCCCGGCUUCGCCCCCCUGACCAGCCGGGGCAGCCAGCAGUACCGGGCCCUGACGGUGCCCGAGCUCACCCAGCAGAUGUUCGACUCCAAGAACAUGAUGGCUGCCUGCGACCCCCGCCACGGCCGCUACCUGACGGUGGCCGCUAUCUUCCGGGGCCGCAUGUCCAUGAAGGAGGUGGACGAGCAGAUGCUCAACGUGCAGAACAAGAACAGCAGCUACUUCGUGGAGUGGAUCCCCAACAACGUGAAGACGGCCGUGUGCGACAUCCCGCCCCGGGGCCUGAAGAUGUCGGCCACCUUCAUCGGCAACAGCACGGCCAUCCAGGAGCUGUUCAAGCGCAUCUCGGAGCAGUUCACGGCCAUGUUCCGGCGCAAGGCCUUCCUGCACUGGUACACGGGCGAGGGCAUGGACGAGAUGGAGUUCACCGAGGCCGAGAGCAACAUGAACGACCUGGUGUCCGAGUACCAGCAGUACCAGGACGCCACGGCCGACGAGCAGGGGGAAUUCGAGGAGGAGGAGGGCGAGGAUGAGGCUUAAGGACUCAAAUACAUUUUGCAACGUUAGUGAAUUUCUGUUGUCCUCAAUCAAGCAUGGUCUUUCUAUUUGUAUCUAUGGUGCUCAGUUUUGCCUCUGUCAGAAAUUCACACUGUUGAUAUAAUAAUGUGGAACUCCUCUAAAAAUUAAGAAAUAUACUAUAGUAAUUAAAAAGCAU